AUGCGUAUUCGCCUACAGCCUCGCAGGAGACCACAAGGUAAACGACCCCCAGGUAGCUGAAUGUUGCCUUGUUGUCUUUGCCCGCUCACCAUCUUCAUUUCAGCAAUGAGCUAGCUCAACGGCUAGAAAACCUUCCUAUCGCCGCCGCUGCCGAGAACGCCUCCGUGGAGAAGCGCUGGUGUCAACUGCGAGACACGGUCCAGUCGACGGCGCUUGCCGUCCUCAGUCGCUCUCCCCGCCAACACCAGGACUGGUUCGACGACAACUUCGCCGCCAUCAGAAAUCUGCUAGCUGAGAAUAACCGCCUACACAAAGCCUACGUAGAUCACCCCACUGAGGACAACAAAGCUGCCUUCUACCGCAGUCGCCGUCAACUUCAGCAACGACUGCGUGAGAUGCAGGACGCCUGAACUGCUCGUAAAGCUGAGGAGAUCCAAGGGUACGCGGACCACAACGAAUGGAAGAACUUCUUCUCUGCGAUCAAAGCUGUCUACGGUCCGCCGACGAAGGGCACUGCUCCUCUCCUCAGCGCCAACGGCAACACUCUCCUGACUGGGAAGACGCAAAUCCUACAGCGAUGGGCCGAGCAUUUCCGAGGCGUCCUCAACUGCCCCUCCGUCAUCUCCGACGCAGCCAUCGAGCGUUUGCCGCAAGUGGAGACCAACGUGGACCUCGACCUCCCGCCAUCUCUCCAGGAGACCAUCAGGGCCGUGCAGCAGCUCUCCUGCGGGAAAGCAUCCGGAUCGGACGCAAUCCCUGCUGAAGUCUACAAGCAUGGAGGUCCCCAAAUGAUGGAUCACCUGACUGCGCUCUUCCAAGAGAUGUGGCGUCAAGGUGAAGUCCCGCAAGAUUUCAAAGACGCAACUAUCGUGCAUAUCUACAAACGCAAAGGCAAUCGCCAAGUCUGCGACAAUCACCGUGGCAUCUCACUGCUGAACAUCGCCGGGAAGAUCUUCGCUCGCAUCCUUCUCAACCGCCUCAAUAAUCAUCUGGAACAGGGCCUUCUGCCGGAAAGCCACUGCGGCUUCCGUCGUCAUCGCGGGACCACGGAUAUGAUCGUCGCCGCCCGUCAACUCCAGGAGAAGUGUCAGGAGAUGCGGACCCACCUGUACUCUACCUUCGUGGACCUGACGAAAGCCUUCAACACGGUGAAUCGUGAAGGACUGUGGAAGAUCAUGCAGAAAUUCGGCUGUCCGGAGCGAUUCACUCAGAUGGUGCGUCAGCUGCACGACGGUAUGAUGGCGCGAGUCACAGACAACGGAGCUGUCUCAGAGGCAUUCGCAGUGACCAAUGGAGUGAAGCAGGGCUGCGUACUGGCGCCUACCCUCUUCAGUCUUAUGUUCUCUGCCAUGAUGAUGGACGCCUACCGCGACGAACGCCCCGGGAUCCGCAUCGCCUACAGGACGGACGGUCACCUGCUGAAUCAACGGCGGAUGCACUUCCAAUCGCGCGUAUCCACAACCACCAUUCACGAACUCCUCUUCGCCGACGACUGCGCCCUGAACACCACCUCGGAAGUGGAGAUGCAACGGAGCAUGGACCUGUUCUCCGCCGCCUGCGAGAACUUUGGGUUGGUCAUUAACACGCAGAAGACGGUGGUGAUGCACCAACCGCCACCCAACUCAGCCACAGCCCCAAACGCGCCGCCGCAAAUCAGCGUGAAUGGGACCCAACGGCAAGUGGUGGAGAACUUCCCGUACCUGGGCAGUACUCUCUCCCACAACACCAAGAUUGAUGACGAAGUCGCCAACAGAAUCUCGAAAGCCAGUCAAGCCUUCGGUCGUCUCCAAAGCACAGUUUGGAAUCGUGACGGACUUCAACUGAACACGAAGCUGAAGAUGUACAAGGUCGUCAUCCUGCCGACGCUACUGUACGGAGCAGAGACCUGGACGGUGUACACGAGGCAGGCACGCCGUCUGAACCACUUCCACCUCAGUUGUCUUCGUCGCAUCCUGAGGCUAAAGUGGCAGGAUCGAAUCCCCGACACUGAUGUGCUGGAACGGACGGGAAUCCUCAGCAUCUACGCCAUACUGAGGCAAAUUCAGCUGCGAUGGAGCGGCCACCUGUUGCGCAUGGACGACGAGCGACUACCCGAACGACUCUUCUACGGAGACGUCGCGACGGGUUCUCGCCGUUAA